CUUAUCUCCCACCAAAAAUUUCAGCUCACUCUAUUCCUCCUAUAUAAACUCCACUCUUCUUGCACUCCCUACUGACCAAUUCGAACGAUUUCGGAAUCAAGUGAUCCAAGUAUUCGAUGGAGUUCUUCCGCAGUGACUCGGGUUCGCCAUCCACGUCAGCGGAGUAUGGAUUUGCGACGGUGUCCUCGGCGCCGCCGAAACGGCCGGCGGGGCGUACCAAGUUCCGGGAGACGCGGCAUCCUGUUUACAAGGGGGUCCGGCGGCGGGGACCAGCCGGGCGGUGGGUGUGCGAGGUCCGGGAGCCGAACAAGAAGUCGCGGAUUUGGCUGGGGACGUUCCCGACCGCCGAGAUGGCCGCGCGGGCCCACGACGUCGCGGCGAUUGCCCUACGUGGCCGUUCGGCUUGCCUGAACUUCGCCGACUCUGCUUGGCUGCUUCCUACGCUUCCCCAGUUUUCCACCACCAAGGACAUCCAGAAGGCCGCCGUCGAAGCUGCUGAGGCUUUCCGACCCUCGCCGAAGGCGGAUAGCGUCGCUGUUUCCAGCACUGGUGCGGUGGAGAUGGAGAGCUCGUUGGAGGCGCCGGCGAUGCCGAAGCAAUCGCCCGAGGAGCCUAGCGACGGCUUCGGCAGCGGCGGAGGCGAUGGUGGGGUCGAUGUUAUGUUUUACGACGACAUGGAAUUGGGGCUGCACGGUUAUUACUACACUAGUAUGGCGGAGGCCUUGCUUGUGGAGCCGCCGUCGGCGGUGGCGGCCGGAGGCGGAGGGAAUAAUUGGGAUGAGAUGGACGGCGGUGCUGACAUGCCUCUGUGGAGCCACUCCAUUUGAUGAUGACGUCGCGUUUCAUAUACACUAGUUUCCUAACUGGGCGUAGAAAGAUUCCUAAUUUUUUGUUUUCUUAAAAUGGUAUAGGUUGCUGGUCUUUGGAUCCCUUGAUGGUAUCAAGUAGAAAAGGUUGUAACCUGAUCAUUUUCAUUGACUCAUUAUAAUGGUAAUCAUUCUAAUUUGAUAGUUAAUUGCUUGGAAAGGUCCCCAAGAGUGGGCUUCGUUUUA